CCGCGCCUUCUCUCUCGCUCUCCCUCCUCUUCUCCCUUCAUCCUCUCUCUUCCCCGACCCCCAAAACCCUAACCCUAACCCUAGCCCUAGCCCUAGCCCUAGUAGCCGCUAAGGCUCGGAGGUGGGGAACGCUCGCUCGCUCGCUCGCUCGCUCGCUCGAUCGGAAGCUACCUGCGGUGAUCGGGGCGUUUGAUGCGAGGGAGGUGACAUGAACCUGUGGGCCGACGACAACGCCUCCAUGAUGGAGGCCUUCAUGGCGACCAGCGACCUCCAGGGGUUCCCCUGGGGCUCCUCCGCCGCCGCCUUCUCCGCCCCGCCGAUCCCCCCGGCGGCGGCCCCGCCGCCGUCGCCGCCGCAGCCGUUCUUCAACCAGGAGAAGCUGCAGCAGCGGCUCCAGGCGCUCAUCGACGGCGCCCGGGAGAGCUGGACCUACGCCAUCUUCUGGCAGUCCUCGGUGGACGUGACCACGGGCGCGUCGCUGCUCGGGUGGGGCGACGGCUACUACAAGGGCUGCGACGACGACAAGCGGAAGCGGCGCGGGCCGACCGCGGCCUCCGCGGCGGAGCAGGAGCACCGCAAGCGCGUGCUCCGCGAGCUCAACUCCCUCAUCUCCGGCGUCGGCGGCGGGGGCGGGGGCGGGCCGGACGACGUGGUGGAGGAGGAGGUCACCGACACGGAGUGGUUCUUCCUCGUCUCCAUGACCCAGUCCUUCGUCAACGGCGCCGGGCUCCCGGGGCAGGCCCUCUUCUCCGGGGCCCCGAUGUGGAUCGCCGGCGCCGACCGGCUCGCCGUGGCGCAGUGCGAGCGCGCGCGCCAGUCGCAGGUGUUCGGCCUCCACACCAUGGCGUGCGUCCCCGUGGGGAGCGGCGUGCUCGAGCUCGGAUCCACCGACCUCAUCUACCACAGCUCCGAGGUCAUGAACAAGAUCCGCAUCCUCUUCAACUUCAGCAGCUCCCUCGACGUCCCCUCCGCCGCCGCAUCCUGGAUCGGAGCCACCUCCGCCGCAGCGGGGGCGGCGCCGCCUCAGGUGGCUGCCGCGCCGGAUCAGGGGGAGACGGAUCCCUCGGUGCUCUGGCUCUCGGAUCCGUCAGCAUCAGCUCAGCAUCAGCAGCAGCACCAGCAUCCCCACCAAUCCUUCUUCACGAGAGAGCUCAACUUCUCCGAAUUUGCCCUCAACGGCUCCUCCUCCCAAUCGUUCAAGCCCGAAUCGGGCGAGGUCCUCAACUUCGGCGACAACGCCCCUCCGUCCUCGUCCACCGCCGCGGGCGCCGCUCCCGUGAAAUCCGGCGACUCCGACCACUCCGAUCUCGACGCCUCGGUGCGCGAGGUGGAGAGCAGCCACGUGGCCGAGCCCGAGAAGCCGCGGCCGCGGAAGCGCGGGCGCAAGCCCGCCAACGGCCGCGAGGAGCCCCUCAACCACGUCGAGGCCGAGCGGCAGCGGCGCGAGAAGCUGAACCAGCGCUUCUACGCUCUCCGCGCCGUCGUCCCCAACGUCUCCAAGAUGGACAAGGCCUCCCUCCUCGGCGACGCCAUCUCCUACAUCAACGAGCUCCGCUCCAAGCUCCAAUCCCUCGAGUCCGACAAAGACACCCUUCAGUCCCAUGUCGAGUCCCUCCAGAAGGAGCGCGACGCCCGCCCUGCCCUGACCCCCGCAUCGGCCCCGCCGCCACCUCCCCCGCCCUCCAAUGGUGUCAGCGACGCCCACGGGCGGUGCCACGGGGCGGAGAUUGACGUGAAGAUCCUCGGGCACGAGGCGAUGAUCCGCGUGCAGUGCCACAAAAGCAACCACCCCGCUGCGAGGUUGAUGAUGGCGCUCAAAGAUCUCGAUUUGGAGGUCUAUUAUGCUAGCGUUUCGGUUGUUAAAGAUCUAAUGAUCCAGCAGGCAACAGUCAAGAUGUCGAGCCGCGUCUACUCGCAGGAGCAGCUCAACGCCGCGCUCUGUGCGAGGCUCACCGAUCCCUCUCCUUGCAGGUAGAAGUUGAUUUUGUAGGCCUUAAUUAACGGAGAGAACAGAACUCAGGAAAAAAGAGAGUAGAACAAGUUGCUUAUGUGUAUUAGUAGGAUCGGAAAUCCUUAGAAAACACAGCAGGGGUUCUGAUGCAAUAUGCUGCUUGAAAUGAGAGGUGAUCUUCUUCUUCUUCUUCUU